CCCCACUGCCACUGCCGGCUUUUUUUUGUGAAUGGGACGGUGGCUCCGAGAGGGGCAUGACGUCACCGCCGUGCCGGACGGCCGGGGAGGCGAUUGGCUGGCGGGGCCCCGCGGGCGCCCACGCAGGCUGCCGCGGCGGCAGGUAUAAAGGGCAGCCGGCGGACAGCGCGCGGCACCGCGGCUCGGCGGCAGCACCGACCCCUGCUCCGCGCGGUACCGCAGCUGAGACCCGCACCGUACCGCCGAGAGGAAAUCAUGGUUAUGCUGAAGAUUUCAUCUUUCCUUGCUGUUUAUGCCUUGGUUGUAUGCCAGAUGGACAGCUUCCAGGCAGCCCCAGUCAGACCUGGCUUGGAGUCCAUAACAGAUCGAGUGACGCUCAGUGAUUACGAAGCUCGGAGAUUAUUAAAUGCGCUGGUGAAAGAGUUCAUACAGAUGACAGCAGAAGAGCUGGAGCAAGCCUCUGAGGGGAACAGCCUGGAUAGACCUAUUUCCAAACGCUGUGCCAGUCUGAGUACUUGUGUGCUGGGCAAACUGUCUCAAGAAUUGCACAAAUUGCAAACUUACCCUCGUACUGACGUCGGGGCUGGAACUCCUGGAAAGAAAAGAAAUGUGCUGAAUGACCUGGAACAUGAACGCUAUGCAAACUAUGGGGAAACCCUAGGAAACAACUAGAUGUGCUUAAUUCUGCCCUUCUCCCCCCUCCCCUCCCCUUUUUUAUUUUAACCUGAUGCAUGUGGAUCUAACUCUGAUUGCUAACUUUGCUAUGUUCUUUUGAUUCUGUUUUUGACAGAGAAUGUUUGAGGUGGACCUAAUGUUAGGGAGACAGAACAUAACACACACAUCAAGCUAGGGGAAAAAUAAAUAAAAAUAAACAGCACUGCCUCAAGAUUUCAAAUGAUUUUCUUAGACGUUGAUUUAAAAAAAAAAAAAAGAAAUCUAGACAAGGCUCUUCAUUUCUGGCUACUAAAUGUACAAGUAGACUCCUCCUUUGUGCCUGCCCAUGCACUUGUUCAAUAAACCUAUUUUUCUAUAAGGAUUAGAUCUGUUUGGUUUACUUGUUUUAGAAUGUGAGAUUUCUAGAUAAGGCUAGAGAGGCUUUACACACUGUUGUUGUGCUCAAGAGAGGCAAUGCAAGAAAUCCUAGAGAAGUUUAAUAAGUUGAUAAAGUACAAAGGUAUCUCAGAAGUUAUACACGUGCACAGAAAUUACACAAUAUAUGGACUGAUGUGACAAAGCGUGCAUGCAAGCCUGUUAGUAAAUAGCCUGAGAUGCAAAGGAAUCAGGAAAGGCUCAUACAGAGCUGUUCAAACUAGAAAUGUAAUCCUGUUUAGAACUGUGUACUGAACACUUCCAGGUAAGAAUUUCAAGUUUUCUUCCUUUUUUUCCCCUUAUCAUUUAAUGACAGAUCUUCACGCUAGCAUAGUUGAAAUCUGAGUAUGUUUUAAGUUAAAAGACAAAAUUAUUUUUUCUUUUUGCUUAAUGUUUAGGUGGUUUUGCUUUUAUUUUAAAAGAAACACUUUCUUUAGCUGUUUCUCACAGUAUGUUCCAUUUCCUUUUUGCCAGUUCUUCUGUUGCAACACCACAGCUAUCCUGUAAGCAGAAGCCUGUUCUGAAUCAUGGCAUCAGUGUUAUAAACAAUACUAUUUGUUACCAUUAUUGAACUGUCCUACAAUGCUUUUCUCAGCAAAAUUGCUCUUCUUUCAACUAAGAAUCCUUACUUUGGUGUAAAAUUUUUCAAACAAGGUCUGUGUGAUUGUGUAUGCCAUGAAGUACCCUCUAGCAAAAAAAAAAAUAAAAAUAAAAAAAAAAAAAUUGCUAGCUGUAGGGUUAACUGAGCCCAGAAGAUGUUCUGGUGUCAGUGUAAUAUUUACAUGGCAAUGUGCUGUACUAAACUGGGGCCUAACGGCAGGAAGGAGACGUUUCCAUACUCCCAUUGGAUACGCAGAAGCAGUACGCUUAUGGGUUGCUCAGCUCUGAAAGCACAUGACUGGCAGGGCUGGGCAGGUGCAGCACUGCCAGAGUGCCUGACAAAACUGAUGAAAGGAUUCUGUGUGUCUUCUGGAUUUUACGGUGCUGAGCUGAGACGUUUAAUGAUUGGGUUUUGCUGCUGUGUGUCAGAAGAACCACAAACAAAACAAAAGGUCUAAAUUUUGUGAGGGAAGGGGGAUUGUUUAAAUGUCCUAGAUCUGCGCUUGAGCAGCAGCUCUGUGCUAACCACAGUGACUUGGAGACUAGAAACAGCUCAGAUGUCCCUGAAAAUCUGUUUUGGGCCAAUUGGUCUUUGUUCCAAGUGCCCAAGAAGGGCUCGUCUACCUUUCACAAACUGAGCCUGAUACUUAGAAGAAGGAGCUUGUUAGUGGAGCAAUUGAAAUGCCUGCUACACAGCAAGCCUGCUCUUGCUUUUGAAAAAAAAAAAAAAAGUUUUCUAAGGCAUAGCAUCCCUUACUGACAUCUUGUU